UGUAAAUAGUAAAAAACUAAAUAUUAGAGUCAUAAAAAGAAAAGCCAAUUAAUAAGAAAAUGGAAGCAGAUAAAUCAUUAACUCUAAUUAGUGAUGUAUAUUUUCUAAUACAAAGAUUUCUCUCUGCUGGCCUACUAAAGAAAACAUUGAAGGUGUUCAAUGAAGAACUGGAAGAAAAUAAGAUUUUACCCAGACGUAUUGACUGGGAAGGAAACGAACAUGAGCGUACUGUUGAAGACAUGAUAAAACAGUUUCCAAAUAUACGUCCUGAUUAUUUACUGCAGUUAUGUUACCAAGCAACUAAUUCCUCGGGAAUUACAUUGUACAAUAAUAAGAGUUUUUCUUCAUUUUUAAGUUUUAAACCAAAUAUUUAUAAUGAGAAUAAUGUGUUGAUAAAUUUUAGGCAGUACUUUAAUUAUGUAGCUAGGAAACAUGGGGUGCCAAUACAAAAGUUAACAUCCUCAUGCAACAUAAUUAAUUCCAUUAGAGGUAGGGAAGUUUCUGGGCCACUUUCACGGCAUAGAGCUAUUUCUCCAAGACUGUACGAAGGUAUACGUAUACAAAGAACAACAUUAGGACAUUUAUCGGCUGUAUAUUGUCUGCUUUUUGAUCACUCGGGAAAAUAUAUAAUUACAGGUGCUGAUGAUUUGUUAAUAAAACUGUGGUCAGCAUAUACUGGACGUCUUAUCGCAGCAUUUCGAGGUGCUAAUUCUGAAAUAACGGAUAUCGCUAUUAACUCGGAAAAUACAUUGUUAGCUGCUGGAUCUAUCGACAGAAUUUUACGUGUUUGGAACCUGCAGACUGGGACUCCUCUAGCAGUUUUGACAGGGCAUACGGGAAUGAUAACUUCCGUAAAUUUCUGUCCAACACCAUCUUGGGGCGUCAGAUACUUAAUAAGCACCAGUGGUGAUGGAUCGAUUGCCUUCUGGACAUACACUUAUGAUUCUUGUGGAAAAGUCGAGUUCAGGAACACUCCGAUUUUGUAUCAGGAGAAAAUAAGGCCUGGGCAAGCGCAAAUGAUAUGCUCCUCGUUCAGUCCAGGUGGCACUUUCUUAGCGACAGGUUCAGCCGAUCAUAACGUACGAGUUUAUUACAUGAAAGGUGACGAAGGUCCCCAUCGCAUUUUGGAAAUAGAAGCGCACAGCGACAGGGUAGAUUCCAUCCAGUGGGCUCAUUCCGGUUUGAGGUUUCUGUCGGGAAGCAAGGAUGGGAUGGCGAUCAUUUGGUGGUUUGAGAGGCAGCAGUGGAAGAGUAUUCACCUGGAUAUGACAGCAAAGCUUAGCAAUGCAACAAACACUUCCGAACCGGACCCAAAGAAGCUGAAAGUGACUAUGGUCUGCUGGAACAAGUCCGACGACUGUGUCGUAACGGCCGUCAGCGAUCACACGUUAAAAAUUUGGACCGUGAUCGGUGGACAAUUAGAGAAGAUCCUUCCCGGACACACGGAUGAAAUCUAUGUACUGGAGUCCCAUCCUCAUGACAAUAACAUAAUUUUAUCGGCUGGGCACGAUGGGCAAUUGUUCAUCUGGGACAUCCUGAAGGGAGAAAUCGUGUUUAGAUUCUUGAAUACUAUAGAAGGUCAGGGUUAUGGGGCGAUAUUUGACGUCAAGUGGAGCCCGAAUGGAUCCAUGAUAGCGGCUUCGGACUCUCACGGCCACAUACUUACCUUCGGGUUUGGAACUGGGAGCCCACUCUUUGAACAACUUCCGAAAGAAUUAUUCUUCCACACAGACUACAGGCCCCUGGUUCGGGAUUCCAACCAUUACGUUCUGGACGAACAGACACAAAUACCUCCACAUCUCAUGCCGCCUCCGUUUCUGGUGGAUAUGGACGGGAAUCCUUACCCACCCAUGUUACAAAGACUGGUUCCAGGUCGGGAAUUCUGCAAUGUUGAACAACUAGUGCCAAAUAUCGUUAUUGGUAACGAAGGAACGCAGGAGGUUAUUCAAGACAUCCCCCAGAACCAUUUACCAGCAGUUUUGGAGGAAAAUCAAGACGAAGAUUUACGGAUAGCGGGAUCUUCUUUCAGGCCAGGCCGAAGAAAUAGGGACACGGAGAGGAUUCGACAUAGUACAGGUGAAUGGCAAAGGGAUCCUAACAUCGAGUGGAAGAAAAACGUCCUUGUACAAACCCUUAAGAAAAGUAUAUUGGACAGGGCCAAAGAAGUCAGGGAGUGUAUAAAAGACGCCGAGAUGGAGGAAUAUCAGAAGCAGCUACGACAGCGCCCUCAUAUGAUCAGUAUAAAUACCUCCAACAAUAUCAAGAGGAAGGAAGAGAAGAAGAAGAAGAACAGUAAAUACGUUACGAGAGCCACAAAGACUUACGAAUACAAGGAAGAGGACCACACGGAAUCUUCUGGAGAUUACUCCGAAUCGUCCGGAUACUCCGACUGGAUGGCCGAGGAGGGUCUGGAACCACCAAAGCGGUCGAAAAGACGGCAAGUCGUUCAUAGUAAGUCUUCGGACCAGGAAGAUGAUGAAGAGGACGAUGAAGAGGAAGAAGAGGAGGAUUACUACGACGACGAGGAUGAGCCGAGGAGUAGUAAGGAAAACCAUGUCAGCAGGAGCAGCAGGGAAAACAGCAGGAGUACCAGAGAAAAUCACAGUGGAAGGAACAGCAAGGAAAGCUCGGCCGGCAGAAGUAGCAAGGAAAAUCACGUGGGGACCAGCAGUAAGAGUAGGGAGAAUGGCGUGGCGAAAGUACCUCCAAAGUCUACCCUUCAGGUUCCAAAGACGGCCAUGCCCUCCACCAGUGGCAUACCACGAAGUAAGAUGAAAGUGUCCGAACAGUACAGGCUAAGCGAGUGGCUGUCGGAGACCAGACCUAGGAAGUCGCCCUAUUACCCUCAAAUGGGUGAUGAGAUCGUCUACUUCAUUCAAGGACAUCAACUCUACUUAGAUGCCGUUCAAUUGAAGAAUAUAUACGAAAUAAGCGCUAAAGACUUACCUUGGAACAAGAUGCCAAUUCGGGACCACGAGUUUGUUAAAGUGAUAGGCAUCCAGUACGAAAUCAAACCCCCGAGACUGUGCUGCUUGAAGUUGGCACUGUUGGAUGAGGAGGGUCGAUUGACGGGCAAGGUGUUCAUCGUAAAGUACCACGAUAUGCCCGAUGUGUUGGAUUUUUUUGUUCUCAAACAGAUGUACGACAUGGCGUUGUCGAGGAAUUGGCAAAUCGGCGACAAGUUUAGGUGCAUGAUUGACGACGAAUGGUGGAUCGGUCACGUCAUCAACAAAUCGCCCGCCAGCGAGCUUUACCCGUAUUCCUCUUUCAUGUGUUACGAGAUAGGUUGGAAUAAUGGGGAACAGGAGCGGAUGAGCCCCUGGGACAUGGAGCCCAUUGACCCAGAAAGACUCCCAGAAGAUGAGAACCAGUCCGUUCCGGUAUUGGAACCAGAACUGAAUUCUAUCAUAUACAAAUCCACACCGGAAGACUGGCCGAAUAGCAACAGGCAGUCGGUCACGCAACACAUCGUGGCUGGCAUUACGACGGUCAUGGGCCUGGCAAUCGCGGAGCCGUUCCUCGUCCCAGUAGACAUCAACGUCUACCCCUCCUACGCCUUCGUCAUUGAAUACCCCAUAGACUUGUCAACUAUCAAGUCUAGGUUUGAGAAUAACUUUUACAGAAGACUGACUGCCGCGCAGUUCGAUAUUCGGUAUCUGGCGACCAACGCGGAAAAAUUCAACGAGAGGCACAGCAUUAUCGUGAAGCACGCGAGGAUUCUCACCGAGCUGUGUCUCAGGAUUGUUAAGCACUCUUCGGAGUACGUGGAUGUUCCUACGAUCUACCACCAACUGGUGGAUACUUACGAUUCUUCGGAUACGGAAGAUGAAGUCGAAAUCUUACCUUCCAGCAGUAGAAACUUACGUAUAUUACCGAACAGAUCUCUGAAAGACGCCAACGAUUGGAAAUUGGAAGCUCGCAACCUUAUAGAUGCGUUGUGGGAUUGCGAGGAUUCCGUGCCGUUUAGGGUGCCGGUUAACCUACUGAAGUACCCAGACUAUCAAAAAAUGGUGAAAAAUCCAAUGGAUCUUGGAACAGUAAAAGAAAACUUGAUAAACGACAAGUACGAAAUCCCUCAGCAGUUUUGUACGGACAUGAGACUUAUUUUCCAGAAUUCUCGUCUUUACAACACAAAUAAGCGGUCAAGGAUCUAUGUAAUGACUGUCCGUCUGUCGGCCAUCUUCGAGGAAUACAUAAAAAAAAUCAUCUACAACUGGAAGGCUGCGAAGAGAAGGAACAGUCGGAGACGCCGGUCCAGAAGCAGUGCCAGCAACAAUAGCUCCAUCUCCUCCUCCAUUUGCUUCUCCAGCGACGAGGAAAGGAGAUCUGUAGUAGUCGAUGAAGGCAAAGAGGAGAUCGAAAGCGACGACAGCGACAAUAUGCCCCUGACGGUACUGAGGAGUAAGACUAAUACCGAAUCCGACACAAGCCAGAGUUUGGACAAAAUAGUGCAAAGAUCGAAGAAAAACAACCCCGAUUCCGAGGAAGAGUACUGUCCGAGCUCGAGGGGGAAGAGGACGCAGUAUAAGAUCACCACCUCAGAAGAGGACGAGGAAGAGUUGUCGAGCGACGAAUCGGAGCAGAGUAGCCGGAAGACGAACCUGCGGGCGCGGCCGGUGAGGAGGAAAGUGCACCUGUAUAGGAGUUCGGACAGUGAUGACAGUUCUAGUGUGAGCACGAGAAACAAACGGCAGAGGUUGGCCUCGGAUAGCGACAGCGACAGCAAGUCCAGCCGGGCGCCGAGCAAUGACGGCACGUUCAUGUCGAGCGUGAGCAGCAGGGGCAGGGUGCGGAAGCUGACGGAGAGGGCGAAGGCGCUCUUCAAGAGGAGGUAACCGCCUUGUGGUGUUCCAUUUUAAAUCGUUCAGAUCCUAUUUUUAUAAUUCACUUUGUAUCGUUUAUUUCGUCUGUUAGGUUUAGAGAUGCAAACCAAAUUUACAAGGUAAUCCAUAAGUUGAAUUGUGAUUUCGUUUCCUAUUGUUGAUGAUGUUUUUAUUUCGCGGUCAUGAUGAUAGUGUCUUUAUAAGGUAUCAUAUUUUUUAAUAAA